UUCACACACACAGACCCCAAAGUCGGUCUUCGAUCUCAGUUUUCAGUCGCGAUACGUGCGCGUUUGCGGUAGAGACAUCGCCGAGGAAGAAAAAAAAGAAAAAAAGGUGUUUUUUUCUGGUGCGGACAACGAUAAAGUUUAAUGCAAAGUGCAAAGAAUAAAAAAAAAAUCAACCAAGAAGUAGAAAAUGAAACCAAACCGGAUGGAAAAUAAAAUAUUGAAAUAAAACAAAAAUCGAGUGCUAAGUUUAGUCGUUUCGAUUCGUAGUUGUGCAUGUGAUCUCUAGAUAAUAUCAUAAAAUGUGUGUGCUUUGCUCUAUAUACAUACCUACACUUUUGACAGCAAACUGCUAAUUGUUUAAACAAAAAAUAAUAUAAAGAAAAAAUAUUGUGUGCUUUUGUGUGCAGUUGCUGAAUAUGUCAGCUCUUAAAAUCCUCGAGCACCAAAUCAAACGAUCUACAUCAACAUCAACAACAACAACAACUAUAACAAUAAACAAUCAUUAAGGCAAACGCUUCAAAUUAACGCAAAACAAAAAACAACAACAACAACAAAUCAUGGAUACUAAAGCAAAGCCAACAAAAGUAACUAACAAAAGCACUGAAAUUGAACAAUUUUUAUUGGAUGUGCGUAAGCAUUUUCGCGCUUCACUGGAGACAUCCGAAUAUGAGAACACAUCGAAUCUAUUUCAUGUGACAGCCGCCGACCAGACUCUGGAAUUGUUGGAAAGAUGUGAAUUGCUGCUGGCUGCCUAUGCCUAUGGAGACGAACAGGCGACGUCUCCAGUCCCUGUCAUUAAGUCGAAUGGAAAUGGCUUCGAUUUUAAUUUGGGCUUGGUCGAUUGUGUCGAUAGCAAAGGGCAGUGUGCAGAUAUGGCUGGUUCUGGUACCGGUUGCUAUCAGGAAAUGUUGUCCUCACCAUCAUCAUCAUCAUCAAAGAAUUCAUUGUCCGCCUCGCGGGAGUACAUUGAUCUUAGUAGCACGGGAUCUUUGGAAAGCGACAAGACGUUUCGUUACUCUCAGAAGACUAUGGAGCCGAACGUAGAACACUAUGACAUCUGUCAGAGUAGCACACAGAAUGGAGAUACUGGCGAUGAGACGCAACAAGUCAUAAUGGCCUUUAGCCACGAGCUAAUCAUCGAUUGUCCAUAUGCAGAUCUUCCGGCUGGUCAUUUGGCCUUGCAACGCUCGACAAAAUAUGGCCAAUUGCAACGUAUUGUUCCAAAGCGUUUAUUUUUCGAUCAGACGAGAAAGUUAUAUUGCGGCAUCCUAAAUCAUUGGAUGCUAAGCUAUGCCGAUGGACCAACAGCCUGUCGUCCAAGCAAUAGUCUUUAUCUCAAGAGCUCCUCCAUUGAAAUUGAGCACUUUGGCGAGGGUAAACGGCGAGAGAUUUGCUUUCAAAUUAUAACGGACGAUCCCAACAAGAAAUUCGUCUAUCAGGCCAAUAACGAAGUCGAUGCCAAAGAGUGGAUUCAUGCAAUUGAGGCGGCCAUACGUGGCGAUGCCCACAAUGCCACACAAUCGCCAACACAGCGAAAACUACCCACGCCGCCGGUGACGAAAAAACCAUCCAUACCCAUGGAUAGUAUUUACGAGGAGCCAACGCCCAUUUUCAAUACACCUCCCAAACUUCCGGAAAGAAGUCACAGUCCCAACGCUUUGGCCAAGCGUUUCGAGUACGAUAUACCAAAGUGUCCACCACAGCCGUUAGCCGAAAUGGAAUUCUCCUGCUCCACCUCUCCGUCCACUACAGCGCACUCUGACUUUCAAGCCAAAGUGAAGACCGUUCACAGCGAACUCUCCAGUCAAUUAUCACCGACUGGCCCAAGUCCCGAACGUCUGAAGAAAGCUGUCAAGAAGAGCUACUCCUGCGGCAGUAACAGCAGUGAGGCGGAAAUGAUUUCGCUGACAAGUACAUCACCACCAACCACCCCAACCACGGCAAGCAAAGAGCAGAAGAAACAACGCAAGUCUCAGAUGCCACCAUCACCGCAACAAUCGCCAGCUAAAGAUGGUGAUAAAUUGGCACGCAGCUGGUUUCUUAGUCGCCUUAAUAAGAGCGCCGGAAUAAAGCUAUCAAACACUUCAACAGGAUCCACAGGAUCCGGUUCCGGAUCUACGGAUUCAGCCAAUGCCAAAUGCAAACAGAGUGAAAAAGAAAAUCUACUGAACGAACUGGAUUUUGGCGAGAGUAAUUUGCAAUCACCGCCAUCUCCGACACCAUCAUCGCCUUGUGCCAAAAGCAAAGUGAACAUGAUCAUCAAUCAAUUUGAGAAUAGUGGCCAUUUAUCCACAAUGUUCAGUGUGGAGGCAUUGGCAGCCAAUGCGUUGGCCUCGUUAACUUCGUUUUGUGAGGGUGAUAACUGCAACAAUUAUGAGCCCAUCAGCAGCUUCCUGAAGAAGGUCUGAAGAGUGGACGGACCGCAUCACCACUUACUCUCUAUUGCUCUCUUUUACUCCUUCCCCUCCUAUGAUUAUUAUAUACAUACAUACAAGCAUCAACAGUGACAUAAAAUUUUUUAAUAUC